CCUCCAGCCUCCCCUAAAAUGUCCAUUGCCCCACACUCCAAUGCAUGGUCAUAGACUGUGCACCCCAUGGGACCAUCUGUCUGCCCCAUGAUGUUGAGAAAUGGGGGGGUGACCCCUCACCCCAAAAUUCUAUCGGCACCGCUGAGCCCUUUGCCUCGCAGCUUGCCCGGGAGUAUGGAAUGGACUUCUAUGAGACCAGUGCCUGCAGCAACCUGAACAUAAAGGAGUCCUUCACCCGACUGACGGAGCUGGUGCUGCAGGCACACCGCAAGGAGCUGGAGGGGUUGCGCACUGCCACGGCCCCCCCUGAGCUGACCCAGCUGGAGGAGGAUGAGCAGCAGACCCCAGGGGGGCAUGACAACCCCAAAAACUGCUGGUGUUGAAGCCUGGCCUCUCCCAGUCCUGCUACAGAGGGGGCAUGGUGGGAGGACAGAAGGAACGGGGACUUACCCCACUCCACCGCAGCCCCUUGGUGUUUGGGGGGGUCCCAGGCACUACUGGCACACCCUGCAACCCUGUUUUGCACACUGUUUCCACAAUAAAGGAGAUACUGAAGCCCCUUCACCGGGAACGGUGUCACCUGGCGGUGCCACCGUGGCAUCCCCGGCACUGCAGCAA